AUGAGAGUCACUAAAGUUAGGUCACCUGUGAAGGUAUACGAGGAGAGCCGUGAGACGAGGCAGCGGGUUCUGUCUAGCGUCAAGGCCAGGCUGGAACUGCACGACGACAAAGAGAACAUCACACAGAACAUCACACAGAACAUCACAAAAAGUAGCACUCUUAACAGUGCCACACACAACUGUACAACCGCCAAUGGCUCGCCCAAGACUACAACACGUAGGACGAGCCUGCCGCUGAGGCCGCUUGACACAUCGAGGCACAAGGGGUACCUGCACGACCUGCGAAGAGACACUGUGCGGGCACUACAGUAA